AUGGAGGACUACAAGAAUGCCUCUAAACACAUAGUGGUAUUGGCUUUCCCCUUUGGCACCCAUGCUGCCCCUCUUCUCAACAUCAUCCAUCAACUAUCGGAUGCUUGCCCCAACACCAUAUUUUCCUUCCUUAGCACCCAACAAUCAAACAACUCAAGCUUUCCCAACAAGUUUCACAAAAUCAAGCCUUUUAAUGUACGGGAUGGAUUACCUGAAGGGUAUAUAUAUAGGGGGGAUCCUAAUGAGCCCGUCGAGUAUUUCCUUAAGGCAACACCUGGCAAUUUUAUAGAGGCUAUAGGUGCAGUUGUGGCUGAAACUGGUAAGCCAAUUGAUUGUUUGAUAACAGAUGCGUUUUAUGCAUUUGGGGGUGAUAUCGCAGAUGAGCUGAACAUCCCUUGGGUGGUGCUUUGGACGGCUGCGCCCAGGACACUUUUCGUUCAUGCUGAGACCGAUUUUAUUCGUCAGCUUGUAGGAAUUAAUGGUUCUCAAGACAAAUCACUUGAUUUUUUUCCUGAUUUUUCUGGUAUACGUGUUUCUGACUUACCUGGUGGAGUAACUUGUGGGGACCUAGAUGCCCCCAUGGCUGCAAUGUUGUAUAAAAUGGGAUUAGAACUGUCACGCGCUACUGCAAUUGCUGCAAAUUCAUUCGAAGAUGUAGAUAAUAAAGUUGUCAACAUGCUUAAAUUAAAGUUCAAUAUGUUUCUCAACGUUGGUCCCUUCAAUCUAGUAUCAUCAGUUUCUAGUUUCACAAUUGAUGACUCGCAUUGCUGCUUGGAUUGGUUGAGCAAGCACAAACCAUCAUCAGUGGUAUACAUCAGCUUUGGAAGCGUGGCAACACCACUGCCCCACGAGCUAGAAGCAUUAUCGGAGGCCCUAGAGGAAAGUGAGUUUCCAUUUCUUUGGUCUUUCAAGGGAAAUCCUGAAAAGCAAUUGCCACCAGGGUUCCUAGAAAGAACGAGGUCGAGAGGGAAGAUAGUUCCAUGGGCUCCUCAACAGAAAAUACUACAACAUCCGUCGGUGGGGGUGUUUGUAAGUCAUGGUGGAUGGAAUUCAAUCUUGGACAGUAUUGUCGGAGGGGUUCCUAUGAUCUUUAGGCCAUUUUAUGGAGACCAAAUAUUGAACACUCGAACUGUGGAGGUUGUAUGGGGAUUUGGGUUGGGGUUAGAGGGGGGAACAUUGACAAAAGAAGGAACAAAGAAGGCCUUGAAGUUGAUACUGUGCAGCGAACAAGGGAAGAAAAUGAGAGAGAAAAUCGGAAUUCAAAGAGAGCGGGCUUACACGGCAGUAAAGCCCAAAGGUAGCUCAGUUGAAAAUUUCAAAACACUAGUAAAACUUGUCAGUGACAUCUAG